GUGAUGAGAAUGAAGAAAAUUGAAAAUUUAAUUUUCGUUAAAUUAGUUGGUGUUAAUUUAGUUUCGUUUUAUGAUUUAAGUUAAUUAAAUUGUUUCGAUGUGACAAAUUUUUAUUCUUUAAUAUUGUUAUUGAUUGAAGGUCAAUUAAUUAUAUUUUUGAUUUUCUUUUGUGACUUUUGUUUUCUCAUCAGGUUGAUAAACCAUUCUAAUUGAUACCUGAUGAUACAAUUGGCUUUUUUCUCGUCUGAUUAAUCUUAUCAUGUUUAAUUAGACUAAUUGUUUUCUACAUUUCCCUCCCAUUAAUUCAAUUUCUUGUUCUCUCUCUGACUCUCUCAUUGAGCUUUAUCAUUCGAUUCUCUAUUUAAGUGAAUAUAAACCGAAAGGUUUAUUUUUAUUAUGAGAGAAUAUCAUCAUUUUCUAUUCUCUUUCACUUUCUGUUUUGAUAAUUUUUUAUUCUCUUAAUUCUUUUUUUUUUGUUCUUCAUUGUCAUGACCCUGAUGAUUGUGAAAAGAGAACCAGCAGGAGUAACAACAUUCUCUCAACAAAAUACUCUGGAGAACAUUAAAUUCUAAUUGUUAACAAUCAACGAGAUACAAAAGAGACAAAGACAAGUGUAAUUACUCAUCAUAAUUGGAAUACGAAUUUUUUUUUAUUCUUCUGUGUCUCCUGUUACAUAACUCAUUUGUCACUUUUCUUUUUUAACACUCUCUCAUCUUUAUAUAUCUCUUUCUCUCCCUUGUCUUCUCUUUUUAACCGACAGGUUUACCUGUGAAAGAAGAGAAAAACAACUUCUCAUUCUCAACGACAAUGAGAGCGAGACUGGUAAUGGAAUCAAUCGUUCUAUCAAACCGCCUAAACAAAAAUUCUGAUUCAACUUUAUCUUAAUUUCUAUGUUAACUUAAAGAUUAUUCAACAUCUUCAGUGGAGAAAAACAAUCAAAAGUGCCAAAAUAACGAUUCCUUUAUCCGGUUACCUAUUUCACCAUAACAAAAUUUUCUACCAUAAAAUUGAUACUCUCUCUCUCUCUCUCUCUCUCUUCCGGUUUCCGUCUAAUCAUCUAAAGUGCUAAACUCAACUAACACUGAUUGUGCCAUAAACCUUGGGAAUAAAUUUUCAAAUAUCCCAAUUAAUCUGUUGAAAUAUUUUUCACUAAACAAGUGCUAUUACAUCAAACGCAUAAAUAUCCUCAUCAUCUCUCAAUCCUUCAUCAUUCAUUUACUUAUCCCAGUUAUUUAUUUUCUUUUCUUUAGCAACAUAAUCAAAUUAUUCUAAUAAUUUAAGAUAAAAAUGGCCACUCUAAUGGCUGAACAUCGUUGCACCAUCAUUGGUCUAGUGUUUCUUACAAUUUUCUUCCUAUGGAUGGACAUAAGUCUCUAUUAUAAAGUACAAGAGAUAAAACCUCAUUCAAUGGCCAUCACCUCAUCUCAAAUUUUUCCAACAAGUGUCAAUUCACCAUCGAUAAAUUCUGGCGCCCUUAACAGUGAUUCCAAAAAUGGUGCCAGUGUUUACGCAAACAAUAAAAACAACGAAAUCUCAUCAAACCUGGAAACUGAACCAUCUCGUUUAUUUUCACCAUUCAGAGGAUUAUCAAUAAAGAUGAUGAUGAUGGACCAAAUGAAUAAUUAUAUUUUCACUCCGUUAGCAGAAAUUUUCAAUGAUAUUACUCAGUUGAGUAAAAAUUUCAAUUCCAUCACACCCAAUAUGAUAAGUGCCGCUGGCGUAUUUUGGGCCAUUCUGGCAGCCAAAUUGGUUACAUACGAUAAUUUAAUUAUCCAUCGAUUAUCCGUCCUCUUCUUCCAGAUUCGAACUUUUUUUGAUGCUUUAGAUGGUAUCGUCGCUCGAGAUCAUCUCGGAAUCAAGCAACACAUUUCUUUAAGUAACACUUCAGGUUAUCUUGUUGACGGGAUUGCCGAUUCCAUAGGAUUUGCUGCUUACCUGUUGGGAUGUUACUAUUAUCUCCGUCGAAAUCUUCCCAAAUUCAGACUCAACAGUCACCAUUAUUUACCAGUUCAGAUACAUGAUGGAUCAAUAAACAACAGUAAACACAAUCAUUCACCCACAAGCUUUGUGAUAACACAAUUAAUGCCACCGAAAUUACUUUGGACCACAAGACAAGUUUUCUUUGUAAUAUUAUGUUUCGCUCUUCAACUUGUCAUAAGUUGUCUCUGUUGGAAUCGAUACAUUGAAGCCUAUCAUGUGUUAUUAGAAUCACCAUCUCUCGAUCCAGAACAAUCAGACCUUCAAAAUGAAAUUCUUAAAUCAUCGCUCAUGUGGGUUAUCAUGUGGUUCUGGAGGAUCUCUAAUGCUCAAUCGUUAAUGCAAAUCCUGUUGAUUUUUGUUUAUGUUAAUCGCCUAUGGGAUUUUCUUACCUGGAUUCAGUAUAUUGGAUUUAUUGAAAUAAUUUCUCUCUCUUUUCUCACCGAAGUUCAUCUUAAUCACGUUUCUUCAAUUCUAACCAACUAGUGAUUCUGUGUGCAUGGAAAGAUUAUAAAUCGUCAAAAAGAAGAGAGAAAAACUCACCAGGAAGAGAGACCUAGAGGAUUAAUUUUUGUCUUCAUCUCAAGAUUAACCGAAGGCUUUUAAACUCAAGACUAUUGAUCAUCUAAUUAACUGGUUUUACUAAAAUUACGAUUCUAAAUUUGAUUGAGUAUUUUCACUUUUAAAGAAUAUUUUUCAAGAAUCGUUACAAAUUCUAGUGGUUCAAAUUUAUUUUGGCUCUUUUCUUAAUUGUUCAACUAUAAAACGAUUAAUUCACUGAUUAAUUUAUGCCAUCAAUUGACUCUACGUUUUGUUUAAUUCAAUGGCCAUUACCUGUUUGUUUAUUAUUGAAAAUUAUUGUUUUCUAAUUUAAUCAUCUAAUUCCAAGCCAAUUAAUUAUGCUUCAAAUGGAUCAACUAAUAAUUUUGCCUUUAAAUUUAUCAAAUUUAAUCCGCAAUUAGACAUCAACCAUGACUGUGAAAUUACUAUUUAACUAAUUGCUAACAGACUUUUUCAUUGCUUAAUUUAUUUUGUAAAUUGUGAUACAAAUUUCAAUAGUAUUGAACAUUUAUCAGCUGAUUGAUUUGAAUUUCAAUCAAAUAAUUAGCCUUCCAUAAUACAAAACAAUUAAAUACUCGUUGUAUUUAAACAGGUUGAUUAUCUUUCCAAAACUAUUAAGAUUGUCAAUUAUAAUUAUGUAAAAACAAAAGUACAACGAUAAUUAAGCUUAAUUGUUUCAAUAGAAGCUUAAAAUUAAAUCAAUAAACUGACAAAUUGCAAAAGAAAA